AUUAAAAGUCAGUUACAGUUUGCCUUUUCUACGGUAGACACACAUACAUAUACAAUAAAAAUUAACUCCAAUAUGAACGCUUUUGUAUAUUUGUUCGCUGUUUUUGUCGCUGUUGUGCAAGCACAACGUGGAUACUCGAACGACCCUCAAAAUGCUGCCAUAUUAAAUGAAGAACGUUUCUUAAGUGUAAGUGGUGCUUUUGGUGCUGCCUACAAACAAGAAGAUGGUGUACAAUUCAAAGAAGAAAGUGAUGAAAAAGGCAACCGUAAAGGAAGCUACAGUUAUGUAGACCCUAAUGGAGUAACUCGUACCGUACACUAUACAGCCGGUGUAAACGGUUUCCAACCCGUUGGUGAUCAUUUACCAGUUGCACCACCAGCACCACCACAAGUUGCCCCACAACCACAAUAUCAACCACAACCACAAUACCAACCACCACAAUACCGUGCACCAGUUGCCCCAUCAAACAGCCAAUACGAUGAUGGAUCAUACAACCCAGCUUUAUACGAAAAUGAAAACUACAACCAACAACCAGCUGCUCCAGUAUACCGUCCAGCUCCAGCUCCACAACCACAAUACCAACCAGCUCCAGCACCACAACCACAAUACCAACCUCAACCACAAUACCAACCACAACCACAAUACCAACCACAACCACAAUACCAACCAACAACUCCACCAUCCCAUAGAUUUAACUUCCCAGGUAAACUUUCCUUGAACCGUAGCCCAGACGGUUAUGCAUACAGUUUCAACAAAGCUUAAAUUGUGAUUGAUAUUUUAAUUUUUAAGUAGGUAUUAAUAGCUUCAUUCCAUUUACACACAGACAUGCCAAAAAUCGUAUAUCAAAUCGUAAAUGGAAUAAACCUAUUGUAAUAAAUUCUUUUUUGUUUA